CUGGCAGCGCUCGCUCUGCUCCCAUCGACCUUCGCCCACUCUUGGAUCGAGGAGUUCCAGGUCGUCGGUUCUAAUGGUUCAUACAUCGGCGACCGCGGGUUCCCGCGUGGCUACGUGGCACGUACAGAUCCAGGCUAUAACGGCUUUACGAUGAACUACCUGCUUCCACAAGCGGGUGUUCGCAUCGACUCAUCCGAUCUCCUAUGCCACCCGUCGCAGCGCUCCUCUAAUUACACCAACCCUGCAUAUCCGAAAAUUCAAGUCACGCCUGGCAGCUACGUUGCCAUGAAGUAUUUGGAGAAUGGCCACGUCACGCUUCCAUGGAACCAACUUGGUAAGCCGACUGCUGGUGGGACUGUCUUCGUUUACGGCACCACGCAACCAUCGGAUGCUGAGAAGAUCGCCGAUGUAUUGGCCUGGGACAAGGCUGGCACAGGUGGCAACGGAAAGGGCUUCCUAAUGACGGCGCAGAACUUCGAUGACGGUCGUUGUCAUCAGAUCAACUGCGGCAACAUUUCUGUCGACCGCCAAACCCUCUUUCCAGAUCACGUCCAAGGCCAGCCGGGUUCGAACGUCGAACAGUGGUGCGAGACUGAUCUCCAGAUUCCGACAUCACAGGUGGCUGGGACACUGACGGUCUACUGGGUUUGGCAAUGGCCGACAGAGCCGAACGCUGACUGCACGUACCCCGAAGGCAAGGACGAGUACUACACCACAUGCUCGGACUUCGAGGUCGUU